ACCUCGUUGCUAUUCCACUGUCUCGAAAAUGGCCCUGCGCGCUACUCUUGCUAAGCCGGCCGUUCGCCCCCAGGCGGCCCGCGCCAGCGUUAAGCCUGUGGCUGCCCUGAAGCCCGUCCACGCUAAGCUGGCUCUUGCUGGCGCCGCGUCUCUGGCUGUGCUGGCGUCCACCCACUCGGCCGAGGCUUCUCAGGUGAUCGCCACCGUCGCCAGCGCUGCUGAGGGAUACCCCUUCGUGCCCCCCGCCUGGGCUCCCUCGGUGCUGGUCCCUUUCACCGGCCUGGUCCUGCCAGCCAUCGUCAUGGCCACCAUGUUCAUCUACAUUGAGAAGGAGGCGCCCUCAUCGUAAGCGCCCCCUGCCGGUGCGCUGAGCAGCCCUCUGGAGCCGCGGCGGCAGCAGCAACGAGCCCCAUGCAGCUGAUAUUGAUCAGCAGCAAUGGCAGCAGCGUCCGCAGCAGCUUUUAACAGGCGGCACCAGCGGGCGGUUCUUCUUCGGCUGCGGCUGCGGCACUUCCAGAGGCGCGGCCCUUCCUCCUCCCCUUCCUUUUCUGUACAGAUAGCAACACGUGAACGUGGAGAGAAGAUUUUCCUUUGAUAGCGGUUUUUUGACGUGCGGGCAUGACGUCCGCACAUCACCACCUACGCACGCAUCUCCUGCCGUACUUUCCUGUCGGCCGGCGCGCUUAGCCCCGCUGUGCGCAAGCACAAGCAGCAGGGCACAGCCUUCCAGUAUUGCUUGUAGCAACGUCCUGACGGGUUGCAGCGGCAGCUAGCUGGGGGCAUUUUGGACUGAACGGCCGUUUGAGAGGAAGUCAAGUGCGGUGUGCGGGCGGUGGUGGUGGUGGUGGAAGAGAAGAGUGCAUUUUUGUUGUUCCUGUUCGGAACUGCAUGGGCCCUGCCAACCCAUUCCAUUGUAACCUAGCGACCCGUCAGCC